AUGUCACCAGGGUUUCUUUUAAAUAAAUACAUCACGACUGAACUUUUUUUUUUAAAACAUGUUUUUUAAAGGUCAUCCAUCUAACUCCAAAAAUCAUUUAAGUACUGCCCCUUGGGAAAUACUUCUAGCAUUAACCUAAACAUCAAGGACUUUGGUGGCAGAUUGGGUUGGAAGUAAUUGGACCCGUUCCCAUGUGAGAAUUUGUAAGAGUCGGUUAACUUCUCUGAGCCUCAACUUCCUUAAUAGUAAAAUGGGAAGAAUAGUAGUACUACUUUAUAGACCUUGAAAAUGACGUUUAUGAAAUCCCUGGCCCUGUGCCCAGUUUUCUUCCCAUCACUAAGCACAUACAGCUCUGGGAGAUGAGAUUAAGCAAACAAAAUCCUUCAUGGAUCAUAAAGGGUUUCUGUGUUAUCUUGUUUUGAUCCUCACAUAGCACUGUCAGGUAGCCAGGAGAGGAAUGUGUAUCCUUUUACACAUGAGUAGACUGAGACCACUCAAGUAGGAAGUACAGACUUGGGACCUGAACGUAUUUCUCUGAGCUUCAAGCCUUGGAAUCUUUCUGCUGCACCACAGUGCAUCAGAGGCAGUGGUCAGUGGACGAGAAAUGCCCCAGGACUGAAUCAUAGAGGGAACUCAGAGGAUCGAGUGACCAAGGAAAGCUUCCUGGGACAGAUCUCAGAGCUUGGAUCUGAACACACGUCUGUAAUCCUAAGGCCCAUGUUUCUAACCCCAACACUGAAUGGAGAUGGGAUCUGGUGAUGUGGGGUGAAAAAGAGGGAGCUGAUUGAAGGCACAGGCUCCUGGGCCUUUGCAACAACUUUUCUUAUGUGGUGAUGCUCAGUGCUGCCCAUGACAUCCUCAGACACCAGAGGGCGCCUGGGAACCAGAGCCAUGUGGACCCAGGCCCAAUACCUAUCCCCCACAAUGGCUCAUCUCGUUUUGACUGCAACUCGGUCUCCACAGCUGCGGUGCUCCUGGCAGACAUCCUCCCCACCCUCCUCAUCAAAUUGCUAGCUCCGUUUGGCCUUCAUUUGCUGCCGUACAGCCCUCGGGUUCUCGUCAGUGGAGUUUGUGCUGCUGGAAGCUUCAUCCUCGUUGCUUUUUCUCAUUCCGUGGGGACCAGCCUGGGUGGUGUGGUCUUGGCCAGCAUCUCGUCAGGCCUAGGGGAGAUCACCUUCCUCUCGCUCACCUCCUUCUACCCCAGGGCUGUGAUAUCCUGGUGGUCCUCGGGGACUGGAGGAGCAGGGCUGCUGGGGGCAUUGUCCUACCUGGGCCUCACCCAGGCUGGCCUGUCCCCACAGCACACCCUGCUGUCCAUGCUGGGUAUCCCCGCCCUCCUGCUGGUCAGCUAUUUCCUGUUGCUCACGUCCCCGGCACCCCAGGAUCCUGGAGGGGAAGAAGACACAGAGACAGCAGCUCGGCAGCCCUUGAUGAGCAGUGAGGCCCCAGAAUCAAAACCAGACUCCGGCUCCAGCCUCUCCCUUCAGGAAAGGUGGACAGUGUUCAAGAGCCUGCUGCCACACAUCAUCCCCUUGGUCCUGGUUUACUUUGCCGAGUAUUUCAUCAAUCAGGGACUGUUUGAGCUCCUCUUCUUCCGGAACAUGUCCCUGAGUCAUGCUGAGCAGUACCGCUGGUACCAGAUGCUGUACCAGGCCGGUGUCUUUGCCUCCCGCUCUUCUCUUCGCUGCUGUCGCAUCCGCUACACAUGGAUUCUGGCCCUGCUGCAGUGUUUCAACCUGGGCUUCCUGAUGGCAGACGUGUGGUUCAGCUUCCUGCCAAGCAUCUAUCUCAUCUUUCUGAUCAUUCUGUAUGAGGGGCUCCUGGGAGGUGCAGCCUACGUGAACACCUUCCACAACAUUGCCCUGGAGACCAGUGAUGAGCACCGGGAAUUUGCCAUGGCAACUGCCUGUAUCUCCGACACUUUGGGAAUCUCCUUAUCAGGGGCCCUGGCCUUGCCUCUGCAUGACUUCCUCUGCCACCUCUCCUGAUGCCCCAGCUCCUUGGGACAUCAGACGUACUGACUCGUGGGUGGGUGGGCAGGUUGGACACCCAGGCCCACACCCCAGAGCCCAUCCAUGAAUCCUGCUCCGGGACUUCCCUGCAGGGCUGGGAUGUAGAGAAAUACUAAGGCCUUCUUCUUCCGAGAGUAUGGGGCAGCUGAGGGCCGCCAUUUCCUCUCACCCCCAAGCUGGUCUCGGGGAGUUUCUUGUUGGCAUUAUGUUCUCUGAAUAAAUGCCUAUUUUGUCAGUUUACUUUCUUGUGUCAUUUUCUCUCUGAAAAGAAAAUUUUGUUAUUACGGUAAUUCAAACCCAUUUUGGAAUAUAUUGUUGUUGUUAGCUGCCAUCCAGUCAGUUCUGACUCAGAGACCCCAUGUACAACAGAAUGAAACACUGU